AGAACGCUAGCUAUAUUGGUAGCUGCAAGAGUGAGAAGAGAGCUGCAAGGCUUUGCUGAUGCAGCCAUUAAUUUUAGACUUGAACUUUUGGCAUCGAUCGUUUUUAACAACAAUCGUGGCCGAUCAUUACCCAUGCACUCUUUGAGUUUGCAUGCAGCAAAACAAAAAUGUUCAUCAUGAUACAAUGUGUGUACAGUAGCUUUAUGUUAUGUAGCUUUGGUCCACCGAGGCAUCAGCACCCUCGGUGCUUUCAUUAUAAAUUAGUGACUACCUAUAUCAAAAACAAUUUGAUGUCUCAUAAUUAUACCACUUUGUCCCUCCACAGGUUGAGAAGUGGGUGACUGAUUUCGUGGAGGAGUGUAAGCUGAUGAGCCGGCUUCGUCACCCUCACAUAGUACAGUUCUUGGGGGUGUGCUAUCUCCCUGGAGCCCAACUCCCUGUCCUACUGAUGGAGAAGCUACAAACCAGCCUCGACAACCUUCUAGAAACCAGCCCCAACAUUCCUAUUGACCUCAAAGUGCACCUUCUGACGGGGACUGGCCGAGGGGUGGUCUAUCUGCACAGCCGCACUCCACCCAUUGCCCACCGUGAUCUGUCUGCCAAGAACAUUCUAGUCGAUAAUGGUCUCAAUGCCAAGAUAGCAGACUUGGGUGUUUCUAGGAUUGUGAACAUUCAGCCUGGCCGGCUAGCUGCCUCAAUGACUCAAAUGCCAGGCACUGGUGUGUACAUGCCACCAGAGGCAGUUCAAGAGGAAGGGGUCACACAAUAUAACACUGCCAUAGAUAUCUUCUCCUUUGGUGUAGUAUCUCUGUUCACACUGACACAAACAUUUCCCAAAGAUCUGAAACCUGCAACAUAUCGUGAUCCUGCUACUCGAAAGCUUGUUGCUCGCUCCGAAAUUGAACGUCGAGAACAUUACAUCAUACAAAUGAAAGCAGCUCUUGGUGAGACCCACUCCCUAGUCCAGUUGACCCUCGCUUGCCUAGAGUAUGACCAAGAAGAUCGACCAUCUGCUGCAGUGGUGUUGAGACGAUUAGAGGAGGUUGGAACAACACUCCCUCAGAACAGCACCCAGACCAAGCUGGAACUGAUUCAACAGAAAGAAGAAAUACAGCUAGUUGCUGCCAAAAAGCAAUUUCAAAACACUCAAUUACAAGCUCAAAUUAAUCAUCUUCAAGCUGAGAAACGAGAGCAAGUUCGUGGACUGGAAGAAUUGACCACUCUCCAACAAGAGCAGUUGGAAGUUCAACGCAAAGAAAUUGAUCGUCUUUUCAGUUCAGUGAGGUCUCUACAAAUACAGCCUCGGGAGGACACACCUCUGGGCUCCGGACAGAGAGAGAUAACCACUAACAAAACCACAAAAGCAAUCAAGAUUGUUGAUUCCAGCAGUGGAAACAAAUUGCUACCGCACAAGUCGACCACACUACAACCAACUGUUCCUACUGCCAUCACCUUCAACUGGACAAGAUGCAAGGACAUACCAAGGGGAAUGGAAGUAUUCGAUCAUCCUGUGGCUAUCAACGGGAAGCUGUACAUGAGAGGCAGGAGACACUGGACUGAGACUGUGCUAGUGUACACACCAGAUCAGGAUAGCUGGGAUGAGCUGCCACCUCCUCCAGUAGACGACUUCACCAUAGCAACACUGAGGGGUCGACUGCUAGUGGUCGGAGGUCGGGACAAGUCUACAAAACAAAAAACUAAUAUCAUCCUAACAUACGAUGAGAGCUCUCGACAAUGGAUCCAGUCACUUCCCCCCAUGACAAAAGCAUUAACUGAGCCAAUAAUUGUUGGAUAUCAGGACCAUCUGAUCGUUAUCGGUGGAGUUGACUCAAACAGCACUGAUAUAGCCGAUGUAAACAUUCUGAACACAAGUAAUAAAUGGAUUACAGCCGAACCAUUUCCCCGCACUAAUGAUAGCUACAACACUUGCCUAAUUGGAGACACACUGUAUCUUGUAGGAAGUUUAGGCACUAAAGAAGUGUUUGGAGCUCAUGUACCCUCCCUCAUAUUACGAGCCAGUUCUGGUGUGUGGGAAUCUGUUGCAAAGGUGCCAUUCUAUGGGUCGUCUCCCAUCGCCAUCGGCAACACUCUCCUGACUGUGGGGGGUAGUGAAGAGAAAGGACUAGGAAAUAAUACUACCUCAAGCAUCUAUCUGUACGAUCCUACUAAAGACCAGUGGACACAAUGCGGUGACCUUCCUGAGGAAAUGUACUGUUGUCACUGCAUUGAACUAUCUGGCAAACUGUGUGUACUUGGCGGUCAUAGAUAUUUAACCAUUAUCAGAUCUGUGUACACAGUAUUCUCAUCCACUUCACACUAGUUUACAUGCAUUGUUUUUUUUUUUUAUUCAUUUCAAUGUAUAGCACUUCAUUUUUUCGAGGAGCUAAAAUUUCCCGUUUUUCGCAGAUUGACCUUAAACCUCGAAAUGUUAGUGCCUCAAAAGUGUGUUGUAUUGAAUCUUAGGGGUGUGGUCAACUUAUAUCCUCGAAAAAAAUCCGCAAAAAAAAGUGCUACACGGGUAUGUACAACAUGU